AUGCCUCAUGCCUCCAAACGAAGAGUCAAUGGGGAAAAAAAGCCACAACAAAAUGCAUACAUCCCAUCCCUAUCCAACCCACUCCGCGACCCGACGGAGCGUAUCUCCCCCCCCCCCCUCACAAUCCCUCGUACCCCUACUCGUAGAAACCACACACCCUCCUCGCGGCCAGACAAAACGCUAUACCAGCCCCGCCGUCGCGGCCAGACAAACGCUAUACCAGCCCCGCCGUCGCGGCCAGACAAACGCUAUACGAGCCCCGCCGUCGCGGCCAGACAAACGCCCUCGCGCCCACCCACCGCUCCACCGCGCUCCAAGAUCGCCGCUGCACAUCCAGGAGCAGCAGGAGCGGCGCAGACCAGAAUCCCUCAUCGCAGCGCUGAUCGAGGGUCGACCACUGCCCGCGGGGAUCGCCGCAGGGGAGCGAGGGGGCUCGGGUGCGUGACACUCGGAGUGCUGAGCGUGCUGGGACAUUGUGCGUGGCUGUUAUGUGAUGUGCUGGUGCUGGUGCUGGUGCUUGUUGCGGCGUUUGUGUGUUUUUGGGCGGAGUGAGAAGGGCGGGAGGGUCGCCCGCUUUUCCGGUCGUGUCGUCCUCGCCAACCAACAGCGCCACGGUCACAGCCACGGCCACAGUUCACACACAUCCCACUUUUUGUUUUCCUUUUCUGAUGAAACGUAGCGCGCGGGACACCUGAAACGGGAGGGCGCCGAACGCCUGGUCUGUGUUGGGGGGAGAAGCC